AUGUCUAUCCAAAUCCAAAUUUGCCGAACCUGUGGCCGCUCUGGACACUCUCGCAGUAGCAGUAGUGCUUGCCCUGCCAACCCUAGAGCUCAGGCUGCACGCCGUGCUAAUCAGGCUAAUGGUCAAGCUUUGACUUUUCAUCACGUUAACGAAGCUGUUGGUGUCACGGUCCAGCAUGGUGGGAUGCAUACCUUCGUAAACGAAACACCUGAUCAAGCUUUGACUUUUCAAUAUGUUAACGAAGCCGUUGGUGUCACGUUCCAGCAUGCUGAUGCCACUACCACCAACAAUCCUCAGCCUCGAUGCAAUAGUUGUGGUGAAUUGGGCCAUUUACGCCGAAACAGUCAUAGGUGUCGACUUAAUGCUGCAAACAGAAACCAUGGCUCUGCAAUCACGAACAACAAUGAGCAGCAAAUUCCAAACGCAGUUGCUUACGAUGCAAGGAUCCUGCCUUCCAAUUUCAGGCCUACUGCCGAUGCUCGCCAAGGCAUUUCGGCUAAUGGCAGACACUCUUUUGGAGAAAUGUCGCAUUCAUGUCCCCAUUGCGGAGCCAAGACUUGGAUUGCCGAACGUACCAGCGACUCAAGCAUUGUAAAUCCCAGCUACUCCUUUUGCUGCAACAAAGGGAAGGUUACACUUACGUUGCCAUCACCACCACCAGCUCCGUUGCUUGAUUUGCUCACCGGCCAAGAUGCUGUUUCGAGGACUUUUCGCACCAGUAUUCGAGCAUACAACAUGGCUUUUGCUUUCACAUCCGUUCAUGCUCAGGUACACUCAAUGACAGCCAACAAUAUGAGAUCCGCAUUAACCCAAACCAUUUCUGUUAAUGAUGUAUAA